CCUCUAACCCCACUAGGAAAGGAAGAGAAAAAGACAGUCGAGACAGGACAGUCACAUAUUUACUGGGGUCAGCACUGGCUCUGGCUCUGGCUCUGGCUCCUGGGUCGUGCCUCUGCUGCUCACUGCACUGCUCCGUAGUGCUUCGCUCAGUGCGCUCUGCUCAUUUAGCCAGAUUGGUCCCAUGCGCACCAUCACACCGUCUACAUUACCCAUAAAGCAAGUAGCAGCGCUUUUCCUCUUCAACCUGAUCCUACUUGCUUACUUUGAUUGCUCUGCUGGUUUGCUUGCCUUGCCCUUACCUGCCAAACUCUGUCUGUCUUCCGGGUCCCAUCAAUCCGUUGUGCUCACUUUCCAAAGCUGGAUUCGACUCGACUCCCCUCGUCAUGGGCAAUACCUAAAGGAGAAAAAGACAGAUCGGAUGAUCCUGAAUAGUCCGGACUACGGAAAAGGCAUUUGAAGGUUCAUUCGAGACAGGAAAGGCAGGACAGGACAGGAUAGGAUAUACAGCACAGGUCAGGACAGGCUAGGGAUCUCUCUGGAGUGGUCAGGCCGAGACGGGUCGAUUCGAAUCUUUGGGUUUUCCUCUCAGUUCAUCUCAGCGUUUCAGCUUCAGUGCAUCAUUUCAAAUCGACAGACAGCGUACUGACAGGACGGCGACGACUUCGACUCACGCUACAAUCCGUAUUGCUUCACUCCGGAUUUCGCAUGCUCACUCAUCAUCACCGCCACCGCCGCCUCCACCAAGAAUUGCACUGCCAACCAGAAUAAUUAGAGGGUUAUGCACCACAUGCUCUUCGGACAGGCAUUUGUAUCGUCCGAUGUCCUCUGACUGAUCUACCUGCCCCCAGCACCAAUACCCACCCAUACAGUACCCACCACAACCCCGACCUCACUUCAUUAUACCUACUACACCUCACCACAGUCUCACGCUUCACCUAACCUUCACAUCACAUCACAUCAUAUCACAUCGCAUCAAUCAAAUCAACUCAAAUCAAAUCUUAACCCAACGCAGCACAUCCCCAGUUUCAACACGUCGAUCCCCGCCCAUCGCAGCUUCAUCUCAUCCCCUCAUCGCCCCUCACCUCACCACAUAUACGGCACCUCAACCCAACGCACCGCUCUCUGAUAUGGGAGUCGUGCCUCAACAGCAAACAAAAUGGCGUUGAGACAUCCAUAUCCAAAUGUGUAUAAGUUCUACAACCAGUUCGCAGCUCCAGAUCAGGCGUCGCCGGAACAGUCGUCGAGGAGUCAGGGACUGAGGAAGAGUGGGCCGAGGUCGAAAACCGGUUGCUCCACGUGCAAGUAUGCUUUUAAUUUCUUUGUCGGGUGGUGGGUGUGUUUUUGGUGUUUAGAAAUGCACCAACUGUAUUUCGCCGUGUUAUUUCUGCUUCUUUUAUUUCCAGUUCCUGUAAAUUCGUAUCUUCCACACCCAACAUUUAUAUUUGUAGGCACAACUAACUCACACAGACAACGACGAGUAAAAUGCGACGAAACAAAACCAGGCUGCAUCCGCUGCCAAAAUCUCGGUCGAGAAUGCGGAGGUUACGCCCCAGAAGCCCUCGACGAAACCGCCAAAUCCAUUGCUCCCGUCCCCAUCCACCCCCGCCCAAUGUCAGUAAUGACCUACUCGCCCUCGAUGGCCAUCCCCGGCACGGCAGACGAACGCCGCUACUUCCAACGCUUCUGUGACAAGACGGCAGCGGAGAUAUGCGGCUCCUUCGACGCCAGCUUCUGGACUGAGAAAGUUCUCCAGCUAUGCCACCAAGACGCACCCAUCAGACACGCCACCAUAGCCUUAGGAGCCCUGGCCAAAUCGUUAGAGGUCACUUCUUUCCCGACGAGGUUAUCGCUUUCUGGAUUCCCGCAGAUUGAUCUGCAUCAUUUGGAUGAGCACCAUAAGUAUGCUCUACGGCAGUAUAGUCGCUCGAUAGCAGCUCUUCGCAUCAUCCUUUCUGAUGGGCGUCGUCAUCUCCGCACUUCACUCACAUCCUGCGUCCUCUUCAUGACCUUCGAAGCCCUUCAGGGCUGCUACGAAGGCUCGCUCACCCACCUCCGCGGCGGUUCCCGCCUCCUAGCAGAUUGGCGAACUGCUCGACGCGGACAAUCCUCCCGUCUAUCACAGGACUCACUCUCCGAAAUCCAAGACGGGUUAAUCGACGACCUCGGCCGCAUGUUCGCCCGCCUGGACGUCCAAGGUCUGUUCGUGCCCCCUCCGUUCCCAAUGCCGGAAUCGGAUUGGGAGGAUGUGGUGGUGGCGGAAUCAUUCGAUUCAGUGCAGGAAUCAAGAGAGAGUUUUGAUUUCCUGAUGCAAGGGAUCGGUCAAUUCUACCGGAAAUCAGUAGCACAUUCACAGCAGCAUCCUGAACGACUGACUACCCCCUUCUGGCAGCAUCAGCAUAACCACUACAGCACGCAGCUCGAUCAAUGGCGGAGUGCGUUCCAGGUUGUGUUUGCGAAGGAGGUCCGCGCGGGGGAUACCAUGGCCGAUAGUUCGGAUAUGCUGAGUAUUUACUUUAACGUCGCGACGGUACUACUGGCUAGCAGUCUAGAACACACCGAGUUGCUGUACGACGAGUACACCGAACUCUUCCAGGAGAUCGUCACAAAGGCCCACAAACUCAUCCAAUCCUCCGACGACCCGUCCAACUCCUCGCGCUUCACCCUCGACAUGGGGACCAUCCUGCCUUUACUCGUAACCGCGACCAAAUGCCGCGACCGGCGGAUCCGCCGGCAGGCCAUCGCCCUGCUGUGGAGUAAAGCGCGGCGGGAAGGGCUGUGCUACGAUACGAUUACGGUGGCGAGGCUGUGUGCUUGGUUGAGUAGUAUUGAGGGGGAUGGGGUCCAGGAGGAUGCGGAGCCGAUCCCCGAGAAUAAGAGGUAUAUGGUUAGUUAUUUGCAUUUGAGUAGUGAGGAGAGGUGGCUGGCGGUGCAGUUGACGAGUGCGGUUACGAAUGGGAGUGGGAAUCAUACGUAUAGGGAGACGACGUUUAGUUGGUAGUUGAGGGUGGAUGAAUGAAUGGAUGGGUAGGUGGAAAUGUGGAAUCUGGAUUUUGGGAAUGGAAAUGUGAGGUGAGAAGGGAAGGGAAUUUGAGCGUGGAGUUUGGUUUGGUGCGUCAAAGGCUUGGAAUGGACCGGAACCGCUGGGUUUUUGGCAGGGGAAGACAGGAAAAGAAGGAAAGGCAUGACAUGACGGGCAUGGCAGGACUAUGUCGCAUGCCAAUGGAAUCCAGUCCCCUGGGUUCGAGAUCACCACACCAGAUCUGCUCCGGCCGGUAGGCAUGGAAAAGAGUGUAAAGCACAUCAUCAGUAUGGAUAUGGAUAUGGAUAUGGAUACGAAUGAGUACAGAUAUGGCAUGGUACUGGUACAGAUAUGGCAUGGUACUAGUACAGAUAUGGCAUCGUACAGGCACGGAUACGGCUGUGGGAUAAUGUAAUGGAGAUGAAAAUGUGGGAAGCACGAUAGUACCUACCUAUCUCUACUCGGUGUUCUUCUCCAUUUCUCAUUCUUCUCAUUUGCAUUCAUUCCUUUCCAUGCCAUGUCGUACGUAGCUGUAUCUGUACCUCGUGCUGUACCUAUAUCUGUACAUAUACCCGUGACAAGCGCCUGCCUGCCUGCCUGUCUUUCCAUCCGGUCCUGUCCUGUCGACGAGACCUCCAGCCUACUGUACUGAUUCAGCCAUCCAUCCAUCCAUCCAUCCAU